GAAGUUACCGAGAGCGGCCACGGGAGCUCGACGUGAUCCGCGGGGCGAGAGUCAUCCACACCGGGGGAAUUGCGCUAAUUUACCCGAGCAGCCUCUGACCGGCGAUCAGUUUACCGACCAUCAUCGACUGAGACUCAUUGCGCUGGUUAUUAAAGGCCUCUGUCGCUUUGGAUCGGACUCAAUGUCGCUCCUGUUCGGCCACUUGAACCGACCGAUGUGCUCGACGCCUUCUGCCGCAGAUUUGCUUCAUUUCAGACACAUUAUUUAUGCAUUAAUGCAGGAAUAAAAUCAGACAAAGCUGGGAAAUGUCGGGCAUGUCGUCAGCUCGUGAAGCUAAACAUCGACUGAAGCGGACUGACACGAAGAAACCUGACCCAUAUUAAGAUACUGCUCGAGCGUCUGGACCAGAACCAAAUACAUCGAAACUCAAUCUUGUUUAUAAACACCGAUAACAACCGAGACGCGAUCGCAGCAGGUUUUGAGACCUCUCUUAAGAGGGCUGAAGACAUGCGAGCAAGUGGAUAACAUACAUUGCAUCAAGUUUAAUCGCUCAAACUCCGAACCAGCGUGGAGAAAAUGCGUUUAUAAUCUGUUUAUCACAGCACGCACUAACAAACCCAAAGGCGUCUAAAGUCAUGCACUGCCUCCAAACCUUCAUUUGCACGUCUCAUUUCGGACUGUUCCUUCCGAACACAUAAGUUUGAACUUCGGUCGAUAAAAGAGAAGGGGGGAAAAAUAAUUGGCUGGAACUUUUACUUUUUUUUUUUUUUUUUGGAGCUGAACCCAUUAGAAACACCAGGACCAUCAUCAGGAUGAGAGUGCGGAUCCUAAACCGAGCAUCGGUGCUGUCACUGGGUCUGUGCUCAGUGCUUCUGCUCAGUGCUGUGGCUGCUGCUCAGAGUGAGGAGAGAGAGCGGGAGUGUGCAUUUAAUGACCAGCACCAGCAGGUGGAUGAGCAGAGCGUGGCUGCUGACUGGCACAUCACCAGAGAAAAUAACACCAUCCUGUGCAGCAAGAGCAGCCGCUGCUAUGGCCUGUGGGAGAAAACACACGAUGGAGAGAUCCGCCUGGUCAAACAAGGCUGUUGGACUUACAUUGGUGACCAGCAGGACUGCCAUGACGACCGUUGCGUGGUUACCACCACGCCGUCACAGAUCCAGAAUGGCACCUACAGAUUCUGCUGCUGCAGCACCAACAUGUGCAACGUCAACUUCACAGAGAACUGGGUGCCCAGCCCCACCAGCACCACCGAAGAGCCGCAGCCUUUACACAGGGAUGAGGCCAUCUUCAUCGCCCUCGCGUCUGUCUCUAUAGUAGCAGUCUUGAUUGUGGCACUGUUCUUCGGCUAUCGCAUGAUGAUGGGCGAGUGUAAACAGGGUCUGCACAACAUGGACAUGAUAGAGGCCGCACCGUCAGAACCAUCUCUGGAUUUAGACAGUUUAAAGCUCCUGGAAUUGAUUGGUCGAGGACGCUACGGUUCUGUCUAUAAAGGAUCACUGGAUGAACGCCCAGUUGCAGUAAAAGUUUUUACAUACACCAACCGGCAGAACUUUGUGAAUGAGCGCUCCAUCUACAGAAUCCCCCUUCUGGAGCAUGAGAACAUUGCUCGUUUCAUCGUUGGCGAUGAGCGUCUCACGGCGGAUGGGCGGAUGGAGUACAUGCUGGUUAUGGAGUACUACCCUCAUGGCUCUCUGUGUCGGUAUCUGAGUCUGCACACGAUGGACUGGGUGAGCUGCUGUCGUCUGGCACAUUCACUCACGAGAGGAGUGGCCUACCUGCACACUGAGCUCUUGAGAGGAGAUUUGUAUAAACCUGCCGUUUCACAUCGGGAUCUAAACAGCCGUAAUGUUCUGGUGAAGAACGAUGGCACGUGUGUGAUCAGCGACUUUGGCCUGUCCAUGAAACUGACGGGAAAUCGCCUUGUACGGCCUGGUGAAGAGGAAAAUGCCGCCAUCAGUGAGGUGGGCACAAUCCGCUACAUGGCGCCGGAAGUGCUGGAGGGAGCGGUGAACCUCAGGGACUGCGAGUCCGCUCUGAAACAGGUGGACAUGUAUGCCAUUGGCCUCAUCUACUGGGAGACCUUCAUGAGAUGCACUGACCUUUUUCCAGGGGAGGCUGUGCCAGAUUACCAGAUGGCCUUCCAGGCCGAGGCAGGGAACCACCCAUCCUUUGAGGACAUGCAGGUUCUGGUGUCCAGAGAGAAACAGAGACCCAAGUUCCCAGAAGCCUGGAAGGAGAACAGCCUGGCCGUGCGCUCUCUCAAGGAGACUAUGGAGGAUUGCUGGGAUCAGGAUGCAGAGGCUCGCCUGACAGCGCAGUGUGCAGAAGAGCGUAUGGCAGAACUGCUGCUGAUCUGGGAAAGAAACAAACCCGUCAGCCCCACUAUCAAUCCCAUGAGCACAGCGCUGCAGAACGAGAGGAAUCUUACCCACAGCCGCAGGGCUCCCAAGAUGGGCCCUUAUCCAGAUUACUCUUCAUCCUCUUACAUUGAGGAUCAUGAGGGCAUGGUGAAGAACCUCCCAGGUGACGUCUCCACAUCUGGCACAUCCUCUGUGGGUGGCCUGGGUGUGAGCGGGAUCAGUGGUGGCGUGGCAGUGACGGGAGAGAAGAACAGAAACUCUAUCAACUACGAGAGACAGCAGGCUCAGGCCCAAGCUCGGCUGCCCAGUCCAGAGACCAGCGGCACGAGUCUGUCUGCCACCACCACUACGACGGGCCUCACGCCCAGCACCAUCAUGACCACCAUCUCUGAAUCAGGCCACUCGGAGGAGGCCGGAGCCGGAGGAAGUGUACCAGUGUGCCUUCAGCUCACAGAAGAGGACCUGGAGACCACCAAACUGGACCCCAAGGAGGUGGACAAGAACCUGAAAGAAAGCUCUGAUGAGAACCUGAUGGAGCAUUCGCAGAAGCAGUUCAGCGCUCCUGACCCGCUCAGCUCGGGCAGCUCCAGCCUCUUGUUCCCGCUGAUCAAACUCGCCGCAGAAGUGACUGGUGGAUCAGGAACUGGAAGCCAGGUCGAUUUUGGGGUGGGCAGCAGUGGAAUGGGCGACACUCCUACAGCCAUGUUCCCUCUUCCCAAACAGCAGAAUCUCCCCAAGCGGCCCACCAGCUUGCCCCUCAACACCAAAAACUCUGGCAGGGAGUCCUCAUCAUCACGGUUGAAGUUUGGCAAGCACAAGUCCAACCUGAAGCAGGUGGAGACGGGCGUAGCCAAGAUGAACACUGUAGUGACAGUUGAACCACACUUGGUCACCGUCACUAACAACGGAACCAAUGUCCGUAGCGGCGUUGGAGUGGUCGUUGUUAAUGGAUACGUUGGGGGCAGUGGGGCCGGCUCCUCUGAUGCAUUUGGGAACACGAACCCAGUCGGGCCACAGGGUGACGGCGGUGCCCCUCUGCUCCAGAGCCAGCUAAGUGGAGAAGACAGCCGUCUCAACAUCAACUCCAGUCCCGACGAACACGAGCCUCUGUUGAGGAGAGAGCAGCCGGCGGCGCGCGAUCAUUCCGGCCGCACCAACUCCAAUAACAACAACAGCAACAUCCACACAACCGCCUCUGCCACGAUUCAUACCUUAGUUCCCGUAGACGCCCAGAUGACAUUAACCCACUCUCCAGGGACACCAGACAGAAGGGAUGAUGCCGUUCCUCUGAGACAGCAUAAGCCCAGCAGACCUGAGCGGCCAAACUCACUGGACCUAUCAGCAACUUCCCAGGAUUCUUCUCUUCUGGAUGAGGUCGUGUCACAAGAGGGAAAAGCCAGAUCGGCCGAGAAGAUUAAGAAGCGUGUGAAGACACCUUAUUCUUUAAAAAGAUGGCGUCCUUCUACAUGGGUCGUCUCUACAGAAACGCUGGACGGAGAGGUGAAUAACAAUGGCCACGGCCAGAAGAUGGGGACGGCAGACACUGGAGGUAGUCACCCGAGUUCUGGCCAAUCAAAAUCCAGCAUCGCUGUGUUCCUGGUCAGCGGUGGAACUGCGACCGCCACUCUAACCUCCGACCCGCCAGAUAUGACCUGCCUGUGAACUCGCAUCUGCGCUUUUCCUCUGAGGACGAGCCCAGAUCAGACUUUGAACACAGGAGGGGUUUGUCUAUGCUGAUCCAGCUGAUGACCGAAAAAGAGAGUUUUUGGAAAGCAGACUCUUGAAGGGACGUAAUUUGGCAAGCACUUAACUUUGUCGAACUUAUCCAACUUGUUUUGAAGAAAUCGCUUUAAACCGAACCCAGCUAUGCAGCAACACUGGCAUAAAAUGCUUCCAUUUGUUUUUGUCGUUUCUUUAUCAAUCAAGUAUGAUUCUUGUAUGGUUGUUCUUUCAUUUUUUGUUGCACUUUUUUUUGUAAGUAAUCUUAAUCACAGAUCCUCCGACCAUGUUAAAGACUGGUCUUAAAACUGAAAGACGUAAACGACAAUGUGUUGAUUUAACAAUCAUAGUAGAUUGGGCGAAAUUUAAAUCAUUUCCAUCUAAAAAAGGCAUCCAAGCAGUGGUCUUUAAGACAGGAUUGGCUGCAUCUCUAAAACUUCAUAUGUUUUAUAUUUGUUGUACGUAUCUGUGUACUCAGAUUUUUUUGUAUCAUAUUUUGAAAUGUGCAAUAGACUUUAGCUUUGAGGUGCUCCAUAAGACAAUUUAAUUUUGCUCUGUGUUUUUUGCCGCUUCUGUUUGAUUUGCGUCUUUAGUUUAAUAUCUUGAAGCGCUGCACUUAGCAGUGGCAAUCCUGUGUCCAUUCGGCCAUCCCGACUGCAUUUGAGAAACAUCGUACAAAUGACAAUCCUACACCUUUUCACCAUCACUCUUGAAAAGGGAAGUAAACUGAAAAUCUUGGGGUGUUCGUUUUAAUUACUGGAAGUUCACAACAGACAACAAGCUUCAACGAGGACAGUAGGUUUUUUUGUUACACUGCAAGUCAGUCAUCAACUUGGACUGUUUGCUGGAAAUCAUGCUCUCUGAAGACACUGAAUAAUCAAGUCCCUCUCUGCACAUGCUCAGUGCAGUUUUACCUCUGUGAGAGUGUUUGUAAAUGUGUAUGUAUGGGUCUGUUUCUGCUUUACAGAGCUCCUCGGAUCACAGAUGAAAAGGCAUCAGUCAAACGAGACUCUCACUUCCCAUCUCUGCCAGGACAAUGGGUGUUUGCUCUGUGUGCUUCAGAAAGCGAACACACACGUACAUACGACCUGAACAAAAUAUAUACAGUAUGUACAGACUGAAGCUACUUUAGUUCGGUUUUAGCCUAUGUUAAAGAUAAGCUGACAUGAUUAGUGUACAUUAAGAAAUCAUGAUUUUAUCCAUUUAAGCUGUUUCUGAAGUGUUUUUUUUUUCUUUAUUUUUUUUUUUAAAGGUUUAAUUUAUGUAGUAUCCAGGGCCAUCUUCAUUCUCUGGGUUUAUUAUUCUUAUGAAAUCGAAUCGGUAAGUUGUGUAUAAUCAUGUAAAAUGAUCUUAUUUCAAUGAUACUUUCAAUCAAAUACAUUAGAAAUGCAUGUUGUUUCACCCUUCUUUUGCAAGUCAAUCAUAAACAGUCGAGGAGAGAUUGAGCCUUU